AUGCCACCAACCCUGAUCCUAAUCCGCCACGCAGAAGCCCUGCACAAUGCCACUCAUAAGUUCCCCUCGCCCCCAAUAUCCCUUGCCCGACUCCCACUGACCUUUCCCCACAAAACUACGAACUUCCCGACCCGCCGCUCACGGAGCUCGGCGAGAAGCAAUGCUCCGAUGAGGAGGACGCUGCAGACGAUGUUGAUUGGGCUGGAUUGGCUGGUUGAGAAGGGUGUUAACGUGAGACUGGAUGCGGAUUGGCAAGGUGGGUGA